UUUAAGGUGAAAACAAUGGAAUUGGGAAGGAGGAGCUGGUAACUGGUGCGGCAACUAGUUGGGCUUGCUUUUUUGACCCCAAACCUUAGAGACGAAGGCCUUAAAAGUCUUCUACUCUCUCUCUCUCUCUCUCUCUCUCUUUCUCUUAAAGGCUUUUGAAGUUUAAAACAAGUAGAAAAGAAAACAGAAACCAGAGUCUUUGGUGGUGUUUUUCUUUGUUUCUGUAAGAUUUUGUGGAGGCCUUAGGAGGAAGAUAAAGUCAUGUGCAGCGGUUCCAAGAGGAAUCCUUCUCAAACUGGUUUGAUUAUGGAGGAUGAGCAUGGAAGACAAGAAGGGCUGCAUCAUAAAAUUUCUGCUUUGCUUGAGUUUUCUGCUGCAGAUGAUGUAAUAGGUUUCAAAGAUGCUGUUGAAAAAGAGGGUCAUGAUGUUGAUGAGGUGGGGUUGUGGUAUGGAAGGAGGGUUGGUUCAAAGGAAGUGAGUUAUGAAGAGAGGACCCCUCUUAUGAUUGCUGCAAUGUUUGGAAGCAAGGGUGUUUUAUCUUAUAUUCUUGGAACAGGCCUUGUUGAUGUUAACAAGGCUUGUGGAUCAGAUGGGGCCACUGCCCUUCACUGUGCUGUUGCUGGGGUUUCUUCUUCUUGCCCUGAGGUUAUCAAGCUUUUGCUUGAUGCAUCUGCAGAUGUUAGUAUUGUUGAUGCCAAUGGUAAUCGUUGCUAUGACUUGAUUGUUUCUGUGUCUAAUAAUAUCUUCAAUUCAAGGAAGAGGAUUCUACAAGCCAUACUAGAAGGUGCAGAUGGUAUUGAUCAGGAAGAAGUUGGCCUAAUGGAGAAACGGCAACAGCAAGAUGUAGAUGUGCCUCGUGUUUCAAAAGAUGGGACCGAGAAGAAAGAUUAUCCUGUUGAUCUCUCUCUUCCAGACAUAAAGAAUGGGAUAUAUGGUACUGAUGAGUUUAGGAUGUAUAUAUUCAAAGUGAAGCCAUGUUCAAGGGCUUAUUCUCAUGAUUGGACUGAGUGCCCCUUUGUUCAUCCAGGGGAAAAUGCAAGACGUCGUGAUCCGAGGAAAUAUCAUUAUAGCUGUGUCCCUUGCCCCGAGUUUAGGAAGGGAUCAUGCAGCAAGGGUGAUGCUUGUGAAUAUGCGCAUGGUAUUUUUGAGUGCUGGCUUCACCCUGCUCAGUAUCGAACAAGGCUUUGCAAGGAUGAGACUGGAUGCACCAGAAGAGUUUGCUUCUUUGCUCACAAGCUGGAGGAGCUUCGCCCUUUGUAUGCCUCUACAGGUUCUGCUAUGCCUUCUCCAAGAUCAUAUUCAGCUGGUGCUUCAUCAUUGGAUAUGGAUUCAGUUAGCUCUUUCACACUGGGAUCUUCAUCUGUCUUGAUACCACCUGCUUCAACACCACCUUUGACUCCAUCUGGAGCACCAUCUUCUCCUGUGUGGCAGACUCAGUCUCAUGUUGGAGUCCCUACCCUUCAACUGUCUAGAAGCAGAUUGAAAAAUGCAUUCAAUGCUAGAGAUAUUGAUUUAGACAUUGAAUUGCUUGAACUUGGAAAUCAAAGACUUAUGCAACAGCUAAUGAUGGAAGAGAUGGUUGGUCUUUCUUCCCCUUCCAAGUGGAAAAAUUCCAUGCCUAAUAGUCCAUCUUUUCCUGUCUCUUUGAGUGAUCAUAGUGGGGAGUUAAAUAGGCUUGCAGGAGUGAAGCCUAGUACUAAUCUUGAAGACAUUUUUGGGUCUCAUAUACAAUCUCCGACGGGAAUCCAGCAACUGCGGGGCUAUCCUUCCAACCUCUCUGCUUCAAAUGUGAUUGGAUCACCAUCAUAUAGGGUUGAUCCAUCCGGGACAGCUUCAAGAAAGGCUGCCUUUUCGAAGCGGAGCCAGAGCUUUAUCGAGCGCGGUGGGGUGAGCUGUAAUUCAGAGCUUCCUUCUCCUGCUAUGGAGCCUUCUACCUUCUCUGGGUGGGGCUCCCCUGAUGGAAAACUAGACUGGGCCAUCCGUGGAGAAGAACUGAAUAAGCUGAGGAAGUCUUCUUCUUUUGGAUUUCGAAGCAGUAGUAAUCCUUUAACAAUGGCUUCAACCAGAGAACCAACAAAUGUUGAUGAACCAGAUGUAUCAUGGGUUAAUUCACUUGUGAAGGACGCUCCGCCAAUGGAAUCUGGUCAGCAUAGUGUUGAAGAGCAGCAGCAACAGCAGCUUCAAUGCCAUGGUAACAAUGGAACAGAAGUGGUUCCAGCUUGGCUGGAGCAAUUGUACAUGGAGCAGGAGCAGAUGGUGGCUUGAAUGCAGUGUUAACUCUGGCUUUGGAUACUCUAUGCAGUUCUAGACAAGUUUAUUUAUUGACUAUUUUUUAAUUUUAUUUAAAUUCAUUAUAUUUAGGUGACAUUUUGUAAGGCAACAAUACAGAAGUUGGGCAGAAUGAAAGUUUUCUGCUCCAGCAACUAUCUGUUACUAAGGGUAUUUGAUUCUCUCUUCUUCUUUUUU